GACCUUACAAAUGAGGAAUCAGUCAAAAUUAUUAAUGACUAUUCACCUAACUUUAAUAAAAAAGACACUAAACCAGGUUAUUUAAAUGACAUUACUUAUAUUGAAUCUAAAACAACACUAUCUCUUGAUCAUCUUAAUAAAUCUAUUUUUUAUGACAAUUUUGUACUAUCCUUAGAAGCUAAUAGUUAUAUAGCUUCACAAUUAUGCAACACAAUGGAUAGAGAUGAAUCAGAUCAAGGUGAAUUGGAUCAAGGUGAAUUGGAUCAAGGUGAAUUGGAUAAAGGUGAAUUGGAUGAAGAUGAGUCGGAUAAUAAAUCAUAUUUGAAAUUAGUAGUUGGACUUUUAUUUUUAAGUUGGGACUCUUUUAAAGUUUGGCUUAAUCAUUUUGCGUUACAGAAAGGGUUUGCUUACAAAAUUAGAACUAAUGAAAGAGAUGAUAAAGGAAUAGUUCAAAGAGCAACUUAUGUGUGUACCAAAUCCAUCACUCAUGACCCAAAUGUGACAUUUGACCCUACCAAACAUCAUAAUGCUAAGUCUCAAAGAACUAAAUGUUCUUGGAAAUUAUGCGUUACAUAUCCAAAAACAAUAACGCAAGUAAAAAUUAAUUCAUUUGAAAAUUCUCAUAAUCAUACACUUACUCCUAUGGUUAGUGAGAUUGCUACACAAUUUCGCAAGUUGACUCCUGAUAUGUUAUCAGAUAUUGAGAAAUAUGUAAUUCAAGGCAGGAUGGAUUCAGGGUCGAUUUAUUCUUUACUUCGAUAUGAUUAUCCCAACCAUCCCUUAAAUAAACAUGAUUUAUACAAUGCUGUGUAUAAUUUUCGACAACAACAUAAUCCUGGUGAUUCUAAUGCUUCUUUAAUGCUUCAAACAUUAUUAAAAUGGAAGGAGGAAAACCCAUUAUAG